AUGCCGCCUAUUGAGUCUCCUCAAUUGCGCUUCCUUAGCGACGCCGCUCAGUUGCUGAGCUCGUGCAGCCCCUCUACGGCUGCACAUCUGCUGGAUGCGCAUACUCGUGUCAUUCACGACGACCACAAAUUGCUCAAUGUGCGACAGCAGAGGCAUCACUGUGGAUCAUGUGGUAGUCUUAGACAGUCCCAAUCGACUAAAAUUGUUAACGUGCGGCCGAAGAAAAAGUCUGCGCGUGGCUCCGGCGCGAAGGUGUACAAAUGUACGCGCUGCCAACAACGCACGGUGAUCCCGCGCAGAAAAACAAUUGCAAAGGCACAGUCGCGUACAUACACCGCAGCCACAUCAUCCAUUCCUACAUCAUCUACAUCCACAGAUGUAACUAGCUCUACGAAAGCUUCUUCUCAGCAUCCGACGGCAGAGCCGCAACCCAGCAAGGCCGAGGAAAAUGCCGGCAGCAAGAAGCGCGCCAAGGCACGCAAGCAAGGUGGACUUCAAGCACUACUUGCCGCCAAAAAAAAUGCACAACCCUCACUCGACCUGCUCGACUUUUUGCAGUGA